AUGUUCAUGAACUUCCGUCGUAUCCACAUGUGCCACUGCAUGCAGCUGCUGACUACAGUCAUGGUGCUGUGUAUGGUGAGGGUUUGCUGGGAGGAGCUAGACCACCAUGUGGUCAGCCACUUGAAAUCCUACACGUACCGCUACGACUUUCUCAAUUCUUCCUUCUUCAUCACCUCUGACAAUCACCAUAGAAAGGAUGGUUCUAAUGGUGUGGAUGGUGGGUUAGUGAACUAUCCAUACCUCAUCAACCACCAGGGUAAAUGUGGAGGGGAUGGUGGAGAUAGGAAUAGCCAUGAUGAUGUCCUCCUUCUUUUGUUUGUGAAAUCAUCACCAGAGAACUUUGAGCACCGUCAGGCCAUCAGGGAGACAUGAGGGAAUGAGAGCUUUGUUUGGUCAGAACUGGGGGCGAGUAUGAGGAUUGUGUUUGCCCUUGAUGUACACAGGCGGAGAUCCAGGGUGCAGAGGGCAUUGAUCCAGGAGGACCAGGCCUACAGAGAUCUGAUCCAGCAGAACUUUUUGGACACCUUCCACAACCUUCACUGGGGCCAUGAGUACUGCCCUUAGGCAUGCUUCCUAAUGUCUGCAGAUGAUGACAUCUUCGUCCACGUGCCCAAUUUAGUAAAGUACCUGCGGCAGCUCCUGAGUAGACAAUCAGGGGCCAAAGACCUGUGGGUUGGGCAUGUACACAGAGGAUCUCCUUCAAUUUGCCGUAAAGACAGCAAAUACCACGUCCCCUAUGAUCUGUACCCCUGGCCUUCCUACCCAGACUACACUGCUGGAGCAGGGUACGUGGUUUCAGGGGAUGUGGCCACUAAGAUCUACCAUGCGACUCUGGGGCUGAACUCCUCCAUGUACAUUGACCUUGUCUUCAUAGGGAUUUGUGCCAAGGCCAUGGGGGUCUCACCCCAGGAUCAUGUGUACUUUAAAGGGGAGGGCAAGGCUCCAUACCACCCCUGCAUCUAUUAUCACAUGAUCACAUCGCACGAUCACGCCAUGGAUGUGCGCUCAUUAUGGCAAGCAGCAACAGACCCGGCAGUGUACAGCAACUCCAGAGGACUUCUUGGUAAUCUGUAUUGCACAGCAAUGAGAGUGAUGCUAUUGUGUCUGCCAUAUUACCAGAACAUGUACUCCUGUUUGGCUGCUUUUACAUAG